AUGGUUAACAGUUCAAGUCACCCUUGCAUCAAGGAUGGAUGGUUUAGAGAGAUAAGCGACAAAAGUUUUCCAGGCCAGGCCUUCACUUUGGCUGUCGACUCGAUACUUUAUCAGGCUCAGAGUGAAUUUCAGGACAUCUUAAUCUUUAGCAAUAAGGUAUAUGGUACGGUGCUAGUUCUGGAUGGCAUAAUUCAAUGUACAGAGUUUGAUGAGUUUGCCUACCAGGAGAUGAUUACGCAUGUCGCCAUGUUUGCACAUUCCAAUCCGAAGCGUGUACUUAUUAUUGGUGGUGGUGAUGGAGGUGUGCUGAGAGAGGUGGCCAAGCACAAGGGCGUAGAAGAGAUCACUAUGGUGGAGAUCGAUUCUUCAGUUAUUGAGCUAUCUCGGAAGUUCCUGCCCACGUUGAGUAAUGGCGCUUUUGACGAUGAGAGGUUGGAUUUGAAACUUUGCGAUGGCUUCAAAUUCUUAGAAGAUAUAGGUGAAGCUGGCGCUCAAAAGAAAUUCGACGUUAUUAUCACUGAUAGUUCAGACCCUGACGGUCCGGCUGAAGCUUUUUUUCAAGAAAGGUAUUUCCAAUUGCUACAUAAUGCUCUAAACCCUGAUGGUAUUGUCAUUAUGCAAAGCUCGGAAAACAUUUGGUUGAAUCUAAAUUACCUGCGUGAUUUGAAAAACACUGCCAAAAGAGUGUUUCCUAACACAGAAUAUUGUUAUACCAUGGUUCCAACGUAUACCUCUGGUCAACUAGGUUUGAUUGUUUGUAGUAAUAAUGACAGUAUACCGUUAAUUGCCCCACAAAGAUCGCUUUCUGGACGGGAGCAAGAACAGUUAAAGUACUAUAAUCCUCAAAUACAUUCGAGUGCAUUUGUUUUGCCUACUUGGGCCGAUAAAGUUAUCAACAAAUAA